AUGACCGCUAGAUCAACAGCUACUGCGUCCGCAUAUGCUCCAGACCGUUUGCGUUUGUGUUGGGCGGUCGAGAAAAAGCAAACCACGCUCGCAACGCACGCUACGCCCAUGGCUUCAUGUAUGCUCUCAAGCCGCGAAACCAACUACCUCGAGCAAGAGACUGGCUGGCGUGCAAUCGAGACGACUAGCCUAGACGGCCUCAUCGCGAUCCCGCGUUACGUCCAGACGAACCGGGGAAUAAACGGCCCCCCACAGCUGGCUGGCCUCCAUGGAACCGAUUUGUAUUCCAUGCGACUCUGUCCAUUAGAUCUAGUGGUUACCUCAGCCAAGACGGUCUGA